AUGAGGCUCGCGUCUAAACUGUGUGAUUUUGCUUCCAUCAGAGCAGUUGAUGAGACCGGAACUGGCCCAAAAAUGCCCAAUGCAAGCGUUCGUCUAGGGGGCAAGAUUGAUUGCAUUCACUCGGCUUUAUUUGUUCAUUGGACGGCUCAGAUGCCAGUCAUUCUGCCCCCGAGCCACCGGCAGUGUGCCCCUGUCCAGUGGCUAUGGCGUAGUAAACCGUUCGCUCCAAGAUGUGAUUCCUAUUCACCCGCUUGA